AUGUCUCUGGCUCAGGAAGCUGCUCUAGUUGAAUAUUGUGACAACGAAGAAUAUAAUGACAACUUUUCAAACGAGAAGAAGUCUAGCAACGACGCAGGGGGUUUUAGACAUUUUUUUCUCAGACCUGAAUUGAUCAGAGCAGUAAACGAUGCAGGUUUUGAACGACCUAGUAAAGUUCAGCGUGAGGCCAUUCCUCACGCCAUCACAGGUGCAGAUUUGUUGUGUCAGGCGAAAAGUGGAAUGGGUAAAACGGCUGUUUUUGUGCUUUCGAUUCUCAACCAGUUAAAUAUUUCUGUGCUGGGCAACAACGUCGCAUGUGUCGUAAUUGCCCACACAAGAGAAUUAGUGUUGCAAAUCAAAAACGAGUUCGUGCGUUUUGGAAAAUACAUUCUAGAACUGCGCUGCGCUGCUUUUUACGGAGGAUCUCCUAUAAAGGAGAACCUCGACCUUUUCAAAAGUCCUUCUACUGUUCCUCAUAUAAUCAUUGGAACACCUGGUCGUCUUUGGGGUAUCGACAUAGAGCGGGUUAAUAUAGUUAUUAACUACGACGUGCCAGACUCUAGCGACUCCUAUCUUCAUCGCGUUGGUCGAGCAGGACGUUUUGGCACUAAAGGACUUGCUAUUACUUUCGUCACCUGCGGCGAAGAUGAAAAACUACUCGAAGAGGUUCAAAAUAGAUUUGAAACCAAACUAGAACCAAUGCCUGAAAUCAUUGAUUCAUCUCUCUAUAUCGCCUAA